CUCUUUAAACGAAUUUGUUUGACAGCUUCAAUUUUCUUGUAAACAGAAAAGCUCUAUAUGUGUUUUUAGAAAAUUAUGGAACGUAUUGUUUCUGGUAUAGCAAAAAUUAAUUUUCAGCAAAAUUGCGAAGAUAUUUUGGUGGAAAAUCGUAAGGAAAACAUGGCCGCUCGGACAUAUGAAAUAUCUGAGGCAGGUAGUGCGCUAAACGAUACCACUAAAUCCAAUGAAAGCACAGCAGAUAGUAGUGAUUUUGAAUCGGAAUUCAAUAGUUCUAGCGAAACUGCUAUUGUAGGCGAUGAUGAUGCAGAUAGCUGUUGCAGUUCCAGCGCUGCCGGAGGGAGUCUUUCACAGCGUCGCAAUUUACCGCGCCGUGCUUGCAAGGAGAACAGCUUAAAACUAAAGCGCCGGUCCAUAAUGAAACCAAAACGUCACACAUCCAGAUCUUGUGAUUUCUCUAUGCUCCGUCCGGCUCAAAUCAAAAAAAUUUACUGCAAUCAAAAACUGACUAGUUUUCACCCCGCCAAAUUGGAGACAAUUUUCGAAGAGCCGCAAGCAGAACCUCGCCGUGGCGAAGCUGCGCCAGCGUCCAGCACAGGUUUGCGUUUUAUUGGCCUGAGAAAAAUACGUCGUUCACUCUCUUGUUCCGAUGGUCUAAAUACAACUAAGACGUUGAUAAAACAAAGACGUGCCAAAAUUAGGAAAAUUUUCGGAAAAACACACCUACACAAGAAGAUAGCAUUAAAUGACUUCAUUGAUAAGUUGAACAGGAGUUUCGCUGAUGAUGCGGAUGUGGAAGAUGCCACUAUAGAUGCUGAUGAAAGCAGUACACUGGAAGAGGCAAUGGAAGCAGAGAUGUCUGCAACAGCUCUUACGGUUCCAGUAACUGAGAACCUACAUAAUAGUACAAUGUAUGAAAAUUCAACUUCAUUAACAAAGACUGAUUUCGAAAUGCAUUUAGAAACGGAUGUGGGAAACGUGAACGAAUUUAAUAAGAAAAAUGAGGGCGAUUCACUAUAUUUAGGUUCAAAUAAAUUUGGUACAUUAUCAUAUUCGUCAGAUACGGCAGAAAUUGGUUUGGGUGCUGCAACAGUAAAAGCAAAUUGCUUGGAAGGCAUACGUUAGUGAUAAGAUAUAUAUAUGUACAUAUUAAUACGAGUGAUCUAUAUAUUAAUUAUGUGGACGGUAAUUAGAACUAUUCCAGCACUAAAAGAUCACCGCGUACAAGAUUUAUUUUUUAACUACAUGAUUUUUUUAUAUAACUUCGUGGCACUAUUAGUUUUAAAUAUCUAUUCAUAUAUGUACAUUUUGUGGCACUAUUAGUUUUUAAUAUAUGUAUAUUUAUGUUUGUAGGUAUUAAAAAGCCGAUUAUGGAUAUCAACGCAAGCAACCUCAGUUGAGUU